ACUCGCUCAGUUUGGGCUGCUCAGUGAACUGAGCGAUGUCCGCAUUGAAGCUCGCUUGGCUUUUGUUGCUGCUAAGCAGCAGCAGCAGCUUAAGCGUGGCACGUUAUCUAACAAACCAAGUAACGCCAAACAUUUGCAAGCUGCCGCCACCACGUUCUGUGGGCAUUUGCACUAUUGAAAUCGAAGGCUAUUACUAUGAUCCUGCUACGCUGGACUGCCAAAUGUAUUCCAUAGGCGCUUGUCACAUGACUCGGGGUCAAAGCUUUGGCAGCCAGGAGGAUUGUGUAAACAAAUGCAUACGCGGUCAGCGUCGCAGUCCGGACUUUUAUAGAAAUGUUUAAGCGUCGCUCAAUAAACGUCGCUCUCCCACAUUAA